ACAGGUUGUGUUUAAUAUUUUAGUAAAUACUGAAAAAAUGUCAAAAUCAAACAAGGAUAUAAACACUGUUUUGGCAAGUGCGUCAAAACUGGCAUCUUACAACAUGUUAUUACAGUUGUCGUUUCGGGUGCUAACAUUCAUAUUGAAUGCAUUUGUUCUGAGACAUGUCACCAAGGAAACACUGGGUGUUGUCAACGUACGGUUACUACUUCUUUACUCCACGAUAUUGUUUAUGUCAAGGGAAGCAUUUCGAAGAGCUUGUUUAAGUUCAAGAGAUGAUGGAGCUGUUGGUGAGAAAGAUAUUAAAAAGAAAGUUAAAUGGAAGCAAACAAUAAAUCUACUCUGGUGCAUGGUUCCUGUAGGCAUAGUAUGGACAAUAAUCUUGGUAUACUGUUGGCGCAACUUGUUUGAAAAUCCUGACCCAGCAGAGAUACCUCACUACCCAUUGGCAGUCGUUAUAUUUGGGUGUUGCGCAUGUGUUGAACUCAUAGCUGAACCACUAUGGGUGCUCGCACAAGUAUUUCUAUUUGUUAAGUUAAAAGUUGUGGCUGAGGGACUUGCUAUUCUUAUCAAGUGUUUGGUUACGGUGUCUCUGGUUGUUGCUUUUCCACAGUGGGGGCUUGUUUCCUUCUGUAUUGCACAGGUUUCAUUCUCGAUCACGUACAUCUGUGCAUAUUAUGGAUAUUUCAUCUGGUUCAUAAAGUCAAAGAAAUCCAAACAAUCUGAUGAUUUUCCUCUUCAUAAUGUGGAGCAGCUGUUUCCGCAGUUCGAUUCAAACGAAGGGGAAAACCUAAUUGAUUCUUUAACUGCAAAGCUUUCAUUGAGCUUUUUUAAGCAGUCUGUCUUGAAACAAAUUUUAACAGAAGGUGAAAGAUACGUCAUGACAAUUCUCAAUGUGCUUUCUUUCGCUGACCAAGGGGUUUAUGAUGUCAUAAAUAACCUUGGAUCACUUGUAGCAAGGUUCAUUUUCCUUCCGAUAGAAGAAAGUUUUUAUUUAUUUUUUGCCAAAACUUUAAAGAGAGGAGCUGAAUCUAAACAGCAACCAUUGGAGGAAAUUGUCGCCGUCACAAAAGUUUUUAGUUGUUUGCUUAGGCUAGUAGUGAUUGUUGGAGCUGUUAUUCUUUCGUUUGGUGUCCCUUAUUCUCAUUUGCUGCUUGAUCUGUAUGGAGGAUCCACCCUCAGCUCAGGACCCGGGCCAAUGCUGUUGAACUUUAUUUUAAUUUACAGGUACAAUAAGAAGAUGUUAUUGUUUUCAAUUCUCUUCCUUUCAUGUUCGUAUUAUCUGACCAAAGCAAUUGGCUCGGUUGGUUUUAUCAUCGCAAACUGCCUCAACAUGUUGGCAAGGAUUCUUCAUAGCGUGGUUUACAUUAAUCGAUAUUAUUCAAACUUCCAAUCCAUUGCUUCACCAUUGCUUGGAUUAAUUCCUGGGAUUUCUGUUAUUUUGACACUUUGUUUAAGCAGCAUAAUAUGUAUGAUGUCACAAUCUUUCUUCUGUUGCAACAAGGGAUUACUUUUGCGUGUUUUUCAUGUUAUUACUGGUGCAGUAUGCUGCAUAUUUACUGCAGUAGUGAUUUGGUUCACUGAAACAGACAUGGUACAAUUUUUAAAGGAUCAGUUUUUGUCGAAGUAUUUUCAAAAGAAGAAAGCAGAAUGAAGAUUUUUUAUUUGGUGGCUAUUUAUUAAAUUCGUGCAAUUUUACCUAUGCAGCACUUUUUGUUACGCAGUUAAACAUAUGAAACAAAUAUACAUCGUUUGGUGAUUUGCGCA